CACAACACCCAGACAGACAGACAGACAGAAACAGAGGAUAUCAACAACGCAGCAAAAAGAGGAGGCAAAACACUGACACGCAGAGCUGUUUGAUAGCAGCUCCUACCAAGAAAUUUAGAUCUGUUGGUACAAGCGGCGAGAAAAACCAGGAAACAUGAAGUCUCUGCGAUUCCUCGCUGCUGAGGGUUUCAUUCAGACUGGUCCAACUGCUCUGGAGAACCUCAACUGUGUAUCUUUCAAUCUCUACCCAGUUCUCUUCAAGGCCUGCUACCUCCAUGAACAGGCUGACUUACUGCGCGCUCUGAUCCAAGCAUGGCCUCUUCCCGAAGUCAACCUACAAAGGCUCCUGGGAAAGACAGUCGACUGUCAGUUGGACCUCACCUCACGCACCUGCCGACUUUGUCUGGAGGCAAUUGUGAAGGGGUUAAAGGAUUAUGUGCUGUCUCCUCCAAGAACUUAUGCCAAGUGCCUUCAUGUGGUGGACCUCACUUCCCUGAAAGACAUCGAGUACCAGGACUGCCCCUGCCGGUCCACCCUGGGUCGGUGGGCAAGAACCCAGCUCCUGACCCAAAUGUGCUAUGAGACCAUGGUGGCCAUGCAAGCCAACGAUGUGUCCCAAUCUGCCUUUGACACAUCCAUUGAUGUCCGUCUGAACGGCUUUGUCACAGGCCGCAACUAUGAGCUAGUGGCUCAGGCCUUCCUCCUCCUCCGCUACUGCCCCCUCAAACUUCGUUUUGUUGGUUUUCGGGGUGAUUCCCUCGCUCUUAAGCAGCUCUUCUAUGUUCUUCGACUAGCAGAGCCCGAGUCCAUCACAAAACUAGAGGUGGUCCACAAUGUUCCCCUGGAGGCCACACACCUGGAGGUUCUGCUGUCCAGGGUGGAAUUCCCUAAGUUACAGUCUCUGACCCUGCCGGCCGGGGCGUUGGAUAUUAGGAGGUUGGGUUUUGAUGAUGAUGAUCUGCUGGCCACCAUCGGCAACCUGUUGGCACAGCUGAGCAGCCUGACUGAGCUCUAUGUGGGAUUCUCCACUCUUACUGGACACCUACGCAGACUCCUGAGUCCUCUCAACACUCCCCUGCAGUGCUUGGAGUUGGCCAACUGCUGCCUGAACCGUGUGGACAUGACAUACCUGGCCAACAGCCUCCACAGUGAGGCCCUGGUCCGCCUGGACAUCAGCGGACAUGACAUCUUUGGCUCUUUCUCCACCUCUUUCCACAAACUGCUCGGCCGCUGCUCAGCCACAUUGGCCAGCCUGGCCCUUGAAGAAUGUAACAUCGAGGACGAGAACAUGGAUGCCUUCACUAAUGCUCUGACAUGCUGUCAGGAGCUGGAGGAGCUCAAAUUCCUGGGAAAUCCUCUGACUUCUGCAGCCCUGCGAAGGUUAUUCUCCAUGUUAUCUGCAGGUUUUCCUAAGUUAAGGUACAUAGAGGUACCAGUUCCCCGUGAGUGUUACUCUGAGGAUGUUACUUAUCCUCUUGAUGAUUCAGUCCUACUGCGAUACAACGGGGAUUUGUUUCAACAGGUCAGGGGCCAGCUGAUGGGCAUCCUGGAAGGAGCUGGUAGGGGGAGUGUGGAGGUCUGCACCCCACUCACAGGCGCCUAUGAUCCAGACAUUAAUGAAACCAGCAAUGAGCUGGGAGUAACUAUGUUGAAGUCUUUCAACAGUGUACUUGGGAACUUUAUAGGUACCAUAACUGACGUGAACAACAGGAGAUCCCAGGCUCAGCCCGAUAAUUAACGAGGUUGCCUGUAGAGGGAUCAAUUGAAUGGACUGGCAGAAAACCGUCAGAUUUAAUUUAGUUAUAGUGCUAGUACAGGUUGCUAGCAAACUGUCAUCUGUGAAAAUAAAUCUAGUGAGCUGGAUUUGUUUGACUAAAGCUUCACGCAAGAAUUCCUUUCCUGACAACAUAGCAUCUCAACAGCUGUGCAGUGCAAAUAGAUGUAGCUCUGCAGUGAUUAUGGUAGAUACUCAGAUAUUUUGUUACCUGUAUCUAUUGUACAUGUUUUUAUGUCUAUAUUCAGGUUUAAAUAUUGUAUAUACUUGGAUUUGUAAAGGUAAAGAUCACACAUUUGCAACAUGGGGCAGAUCCCAUUUUAACACAUGAUUGUCUGUCAUACCAAUAAAUCAAAUCUUUAAAAAGCCUGUCAUAAAUUACAUAAAAAGUG